AUGCUGCGCGCGCAGCGCGUCAGCUACUUCCGCAGCCUGCCGUGGCAGCACGAGAUUCCGGUGAAGGAGUUUGAUCUCACGCCCAGAUGUCGUGUGGAGGACACAGGCCGGAUUUCCACCAACACCAAGGAGCUCUACACCUUCUGUAUACACCCAGAGCUUCCCAAGCCGUGUCUGGUGGGAACCAAGGACCCUGAGCUAGUGGCGGUGUGGAUGCAAGCGAUCAGGGAGACAAUAGAACAUAACGUGGCGCCCACUAUCAGAAUGCCGCUCACUCGCCCCACCAGCACCAACAGCCUAUCGGACGAGGAGGAGGGGGAAACGCCCCCACACCCCAACAUGUCCUCCUGUCGUGACUCUAUGGACAGCAGUGAGCCAUUCGACGGGGACGAGAUGGGAGCAGACGACUUGCCAACACCGCAGCGAGUGCUGCUCGACAGACGAGGCUCCAUUGGCUUUGGCCCCCCAAUGGAGCUGGGCAGCAUGCUGGAGGCCAUGGUGGCGAUGCGCAGUGCAUCAACAGCAUCAGGGAUCGCAUCCGACGGCUCCUGGCGCCUCAUCAAGCUAUCCAACGGGCUGCGCUUCUUUGAGGAGUUGAACGAGGAGCGCGGGCAGGCGGGCAUGUGUGGCAGUCUGCCGUGUCUGAGUGCCGUGGGAACAGUGGACGCUCCCAGUGACGCCGUCUUCCGACUCGUGCUCGACCUCUCCUCCUCGCGCAACGAGUGGGACGUGGCAUACGGGGGUGCACGAAUGGUAGAAGCUCAAGACGGUCACACGGACUGCAUCCACUACCGCUUCCGACCGCUCCCAGUCGGCUUCGGCCCCUUCACCCUCACAGCGCGCGACGUGUGCCUGCGGCGCUACUGGCAGCGCACAGGCGACGGCUGCUACGUGGUCCUUUACCAAUCCAUGGAGCACCCCCUAUGCCCCCCUGUCAUGGGCUGUGUGCGUGCCAAUCUCACCUACGGAGGGUUUAUCAUCGCCCCAGCGGGGCCGUCCGCGAUCGGACGGUCGGUAGUGAUGCACGUGUUGCAGAUGGAUGCAAAGGGGUUGCUGCCGAUGUGCAGCGGUGUUGCGACCGAAGUGCAUUUCUACCUGCUGUCGAGGGUUUGCGGGCAUUCGGGAGUUUUUCGCGCAGACGAGGGGGGAUUCACUGGCUGCGCUGCUAGGGUUGAGGGAUACCCAGCAGGCUACAGCUGCUGCUACAGCCGCGGCUGUAGCGGCUGCAGAAGGGAGGGAGCUUGGAGGGGGUGGGAGGAAGGGGAGCAGGCGGGGAGCGGGAGGACGGGCGGAUUGGACCAAUACCAGAAGGGGGAGGGGAGGGGUUUGAUGAGGUGGAGGGGGUGGGACGAGAGAGGAGGAGAGGCAGCAGUGGGGACGUUAUGGGUGGGAAUGCGCGAGCUGAUGGCCAGCAGUGACGCCUCGUCGCGGCCAUACUUUUUCAUUGUGAAUAUGCAGGUGCGAGGGGGGGAAGGUGGGGCAGUUGGGGUUGUGGGGCAGUGGGAGAGGGUGGGGCAGUGCCAGCAGCGCAGCAGUACAGGCAUGGUGUUCUAUUCGGCCAUAGAUGAGCGUCAAGGGGGCACUGCUUAUUGCGGCCCACUCACAUGUUCUGCUUUCCUCCUGAAUUCUCAUUCUCUCACGUCCACCAGGUGCCGCAGCGCAGCAGUUACAGCAUGGUGUUUCCACUGGGCCAUGGAGGAGCCGCCCACAGAGGCGUGCAUGGUGCCGGCAGCGCAGCAGUACAGCAUGGUGUUGUACUGGGCCAUGGAGGGGCGCUGUGUGGGACAUGUGCUCAUUGCUCUGCCUGUCACCCAUUCUCUUACAUCAAUUUCACCCCACCAGGUGCCGGCAGCGCAGCAGUACAGCAUGGUGUUCUACUGGGCCAUGGAGGAGCCGCCCACAGAUUCAUCCAUGCUAGGGCAGUUCAUCAACGGGGACGACAUCUUCCGCAACUCACGCUUCAAGCUCAUUCCCCGCAUCCACCAGGGCGCAUGGGUGGUGAAGAGGAGUGUGGGGACGACAACCUCUCAUCAUUGUGGUGCUCUCACCGUGCAGUACUUCAAAGGACCCGACGACUUUGAGGUGGAUGUGGAUAUUGGGUCAUCAGCUUGUGGCCAAUGGGGUGGUGAGAUUCGUGCUAGGAUACGCCUGGGGGGCGGAAGAAUCAGGUGGGCAUGCAGCAACAGGGGGAGGCGGAGGAUACGCCGCGGACAGCGCAACGAUGAUAGGCGCGGGGAUGGCGGGGGAAGGCUGGAAAGCUUGCUGGCGGGGGCGCUACUCGGGGGAGGGGCUUUUCAGGCGCCUAACAGGGGGGGGUGCUUUCCAGGCGCCAGCAGGAGGGGGUGCUUUUUUUCAGCGGCAUUCUGCAGCUCCCCCCCAGGUGUCACCUGCAGGGAGGAGGGGGGAACUGGGGCAGGUGGUAACCUGACAUUACUAGAGCUGAUGAGAAUGUCAGGGCUCGCUAAUAGCCUCCCUCCCGACCGUACUGUAUCGAGCAGCACCGGGAGCGGAUACCACUCAGCUACCAUACCAACCAACUCUGACAUGAUUCACUCUGGUGCAGGGAAUCAGCCGCUGCCGUCUUUUUACGGGCAGCUGGGGCAGAUGCCAACGAAUCCCGAGCCCUGGAACCAGGAUCGCGGCGGGCAGCAAGCGACGAGAAGCUGGGGAGGGGCUAGGGGGUUGGGUUUAGAAGGAGUGACGGCAGGAGAGGGGUUGGGGUUAAGGGCAGGUGAGGGGCUGGGACUGACGGCGGGCGAGGGGUUGGGGGUUUUAGCGGGCUGCCACGACCUGUCUGCAGUUCUGGCUGCUGCUGCCGCCGCCGCUGCUGCCAGCAGCGCACAUGGCGCCGCUAGCAGCGCACAGGGUGGCGCUAGCAGCGCACAUGGCUGCUUCCCCAGGUCUGGGCUAGGAGGGGGAAGCACAGGGGGAGGGUACGUGAGCGGGGGUAUGGCGGGCGGGGGGUGUGUGAGCGGAGGUGUGGGGGAUGGGGGAGGAGGCGCGGGGAUGGCGGAAGGGGAGAGCGAUGGGGAGGGGUCGGGGGAGGAGGAGGAGGGCGGAGAUGGCGCUCCCCGCGCCAGCACGAACGCUAAAGGCCAGUGGACGCCGGAGGAGGACGAGAUUCUGAGGCGGCUGGUGGAGAGGGGAGGAGCGCAGUGCUGCCCUUCUUGCUUGCUACUGCAGCUCACAUGGAAGGAGGAGGACGAGAUUCUGCGGCGGCUGGUGGAGAGGGGGGGGGCGCGGCGGUGGUCCGCCAUAGCAGCGCACCUCAAGGGGCGCGCGGGGAAGCAGUGCCGCGAGCGCUGGCACAACCACCUCAAGCUGGGGAUCAAGAAGGACGCGUGGACGGAGGAGGAGGAGGAGACGCUGAUAGAGGCGCACAAGCGCGUGGGGAACAAGUGGGCGGAGAUUGCGAAGCUGCUGCCUGGGCGGACGGAUAACAACGUGAAGAAUCAUUGGAAUUCGACUGAUGGGGGCGGGGGGAGGGGGGGGAAGGGCGCGAGGGGGAAGGAUGGGGGGCAGGAGAAGGAGGCGGCAGGGAAGGCGGAAGAGGGAGGGGAGGAGAAGGGUGGAGAGGGGGAGGAAGGAGAGGAGGGAAAGGGAGAUGGGGGAAGGAAGGAGGGAAAGAGAAGGGAGGUGGGAGAGAGGGAGGAAGAACGGAAGAGGAAGAAGAGGGGGGAGAGAAGGGAGAGAAGGGAGAGAAGGAGAGAGUAA